AAUUCAAACCGUUUUAAUCACGCGGUUUACUUCAACGCGUAGGCUACUCAAACAAACAAACAAUAUGUAUAUGUAUAUAUAUAUAUAUACUCAUGCGAUUACCCUAGAAACUACAGUUGCGUAAGAUAUUUGCUAAUAUUUAAUAAAUCUAUCACGAACUCUACACUAUGAGUCGUCUACUUGCUUUACAAAAUGUUGGGUUUUAGGACUUUGAGCUAUUUUAUCACAAACUUCCACAUUAGAAAAGAAUCCUCUACUUAUAUUCUGUCCUGAUAAAUACCGGAAUCACAAUUUUCACGUUCAGAAAGAAAGAACUGGACCGAAAAGGCCGUAUUAGUAACAAAUGUUAUCAAUUUUCUUGUUGUGACAUGCAAGUAUUUCCUUAAAUUCAUGAUGAAAACAAAGGUUCUUGUGGAGAGGUGUGUUCAAACUGCUGGCUUUGUGCCUAUGUGUUUCAGUAGGUAACAAGCAUGUUGGAAUCUGAUGAUCCUCCUCCUAGCAUCAUUACUCUUCUCCCUCCAUUGAUGAGACUAUCAUUUUGGAAUAUGAUGGAGGACAGAUGUGUAGACAAUUGUUCAGGACAUGGGGAUUGCUAUCAAGGAGUUUGUUUUUGUGAAGUGCAGUACAGUGGGGGAAGCUGCACUGAUCCAAACCUGGGAUACUUCAUUGCAUUCUCUAGUAUAUUCUACAUAAUAAGUGUUGUAUCUUUUGUGCAGUUGUUACUAUGUGUGAAAUCAGAAUAUGGAAGAAUGAAGUCACCAUCUGUGUUAAAAGCAUGUCGAAUAACAACACAAAAAGCAUUGUAUAUUUUAAUAUGUAUAGCCACAUCUAUCAGAGGCUUUUAUUUCUCAUCUCCGGAGAAUGCAGCACUUCAGUGGACGUCUAGUUUAUUAAGUGCAUAUUAUCCAGUUCUUAUUACAGGCUCCUCUCUCAUUGUUUGUUUUUGGGCUGAGGUAUUCCACUUGCAGGACAAAACUUUGGAUAGGCCUUCUUUUCUCAGUAAAUCUUUCUUUGGCUUCCUAGCUUUCAACAUCAUUACAUAUUCUUUACUCAUGACUGAACUGGUCUUGCUUCAGCUAGAAGAUCGAAGUGAGAGUGAAAAGAAUUUUUUCACAGGCGUGUUCAAUGGACUUUAUGCAGGUCUCAUGCUCAUCGUGGUCAUAUUUUUUCUUGUGUAUGGAACACUUAUGUACUUUCAGCUUCGAGGAGGGUUUGUUCAGAAUUCGACAACACCCACCAACACUUCACAGCUUCAUCAGUCCAGGGUGGGGCUUGUUUCUCAAGGAGUGUUACUUCUCAUCACUGUUGCCUUUAUUAUCUCAGACACUCUUGGGAGUUCUUGGAAAGAUAAGGUCCCUGUUUUAAGUCGCAAUUGUCAUGAUGUGAUUUUUCGAGUUGUAGAAAUGGGUGUUGCUCUGUGGUUUCCAUGUGUCUUGUGGAACUGUGUGAGUCCAGAGCAGCUGUGGAUCUUGAAUCCCAAAAAGAUUUUAAUGAAAUUAGAAGCUGAUAAACCAGCUCAACCAACUGAAGAAGAAGCUUUGGUAUCUUCAUCGAAAGAAGUAGUAGUUAGAGCAGCUCUGAAUAAUUCAUUGGAGAAACCGGGUGAAUGUUGGAUCUGCUAUGAUUCAGAGAGACAAGAUGUAGGGCCUUUGAUACAGCCUUGUCUUUGUAAAGGGGAUGUUUCUGCUGUUCAUCAUGAUUGCUUAAAGAAAUGGCUAGAGCAAUCAUCAGAAAACCCAGACAACAUGAGUUGUAAAGUUUGUAAGGAAGAGUACAAGCUUGAACGUGGAACUCUCCACUUACCUAGAGGACUUACCAAAAUUCACUGGCUGCAGACAUCUGCUGUUGUUGCACUCAUGUGUACCACCGUUGGAGGAGCCUGUCUGUUGGUGAAGAUGUUCAACACUGUUGCCGUUCGGACAGCAACAGUAGGAGUAGCACUACUAGUUCAGUGUAUAUGCUUAAGACUCCUUGGGUUUAGUUUUUUGACUGCUUAUCACCGAGCCAAAUUCUCAACAGUUCGUAUCUUAGAAAACAAGCCAACGGGUAUUGCUGCAGUAUCGGGACCACAAACUAAAGUAGUCAUUUGUACCGAAUUGCGGUCCAACAUGGAUACUGGAACUCCUUCUGAAAGAACCCUCUUAAGUACAGUGUCAAAUCCAGUUGGAACAGAAGUAACUAUAUAAGUUGAAGCUAUCUGAUGCUUCUUGUAGAAACAAAUUACUCUCCAGAGAAUUAGAAGAAAAGGAUCGGUCUAUUGAAACAGCUGAAGCCGUCAUUUGAAAGCAAUUUAUAACUUGCUGGGUUAUAAACCUUAACUUAUACAAUGUAUGUGAAAUGUUUAAUAUAACAGACUGAUCAUUUUUUAACCUAGACAUUUUCUUGUUGGUAUUUUAAGAUUGCUUCAUGAAUUUUUAAAAAAAAAGGUAUUAAUAGGUAAAAUGGAAUGUAGAUGAAAUAUUCUUUUUAAAUAACCAGUAAUGUUGACAUUUCACUGUUGCUAAUAUGUCAGCAGUUAUUUCACAUCUUGUUUGAGCUUUUAAUGCUGGGAUAUCGCUAGUAUUGUAGUGUUAAGUUUUUUGUUGUGUGUAUGUGUAUUUCCACAAAUAGUUAUAUAAAUUUCAAAGAAUUUAACAGACCAUACAAUCAUAUUUUUUGCAAUUUUUAUCAAAGUAAUUUAAAUUAUAUAGUAAAUUAUAUAUGGUUUAAUUUUGAGGAUAGCAAAAAAGCUUAGUUUAUUUACUUUUUACAGAAUAAGUUUUUCUGCAAAAGUUCAUAAUUUGACCCAUUAUGCUAUGUUCAUUUUUAUUAAUAAUUGCCCUGGAUUUGGCAAUUAUUAUUUUCCCAGUGCCCCAUAAAAAGUACGACAUGCCCUAGGAUUGGCAUAAUAGGUCAUUUGUAUAAUUAAUUGUAAAUGACAAGUGAAGUUGCUUCAAUUUGGUGAAACAACCAAAAAAAACUUCAGAAAGCGUUGAUAUUUUAUCUUCUGAGAAAAUAUUGUAUUUUUUUGGAAAUUGGUAUUGAAUGAAGUUUUUAACUAGAAAGUGCAACAAAUUACUAAUGAACCUACAUAUAUAUAUAGAUACCAUAAUGUACAUACAAUUAAAACCUAAGGUGCUUAACUUCAUUUUUUAAUAAUAGUAUAUUUGUUUUGAAAAAUGUUAUUUUAACCCAUUGUACAUAAAAAUUAGUUUUAAAAAUGGACGACUUACUUUGCAAGUAGUAUAUGCCCCCCCUCUCCAAUUAUAAAUGUUAUUAAUAGUAAACAAGCUAUUAUAUUUUGAGAUAGCUUGCAUGGUGAAAAAAAACCAAAAAACAAACCAGCUACUUGGAUAGAAGUGUAAUGUUUUAUCAUUGUAUAUUGUGUGUGUGUGUGUGUGUGUAUAUAUAUACACACACAGACAUAUUUAAAAAGUGAAAGUAACAAUUCUGGUUGUAACUUCAUAUGAUAUUUUAGUUUAACAUUAACAAAAUUAUAUAAAAUAUUGGAAUUUCUGAUUUUAGGUGAGCCUUGAAUAUUAAUUUUCUGAAUCAUUUUGCUUUUCAGACUCUUGUACAGUAUUUGUUUUCCCAAUAAUGAUCCAAUUCAAUUAUAGUGGAAUAUUCUGAUCAUUUUAGUUCUGCAAUCAAAAAAAGGAAGUUGAAAUGUUAACUUCACUAUAUGGUACAUGUAUAUUCAUUGAAUAUAUAGAUUAAAAUUAUAUUGUAAUUUU